AUGGCCGCAAUCCCAGACUUGGGCCAUUCGCAAUCUGUCUUGGGCGUCGCAUUCUCGCCAGACGGCAGGCUGAUCGCCAGGCUCAUUGCAUCAGCGUCAGACAAGACAGUCAGGCUUUGGGACCCAGCUACAGGAACGCUCUGUAGUACGCUCGAGGGCCAUUCAGCUGCUGUUAUGGCUGUCGCAUUCUCGCCGGAUGGCAGGCUGAUCGCAUCGGCGUUAUUAGAUAAGACAGUUAUGCUUUGGGACCCGGCUACAAGAGCGGCCUGUGGUACGCUCAAGGGCCAUUCAGAGGCUGUUAGGUGUCUCGCAUUCUCGCCGGAUGGCAGGAUGAUCGCGUCGGCGUCAGAUGACAAGACGGUUGGGCUUUGGGACCCGGCUACAGGAUCGGCCUGUGGUACGCUCACGGGCCAUUCAGCUGCUGUCAGGGGUGUCGCAUUCUCGCCGGACGGCAGGCUGAUCGCAUCGGCGUCAUUAGAUAAGACAGUUAGGCUUUGGGACCCAGACACAGGAGCGGCCUAUGGUAUGCUUAAGGGCCAUUCAGGGGCUGUUAGGUGUCUCGCAUUCUCGCCAGACAGCAGGGUGAUCGCGUCGGGGUCAGAGGACAAAACCGUUAGGCUUUGGGACCCGGCUACAGGAGCGGCCUGUGGUACGCUUCAGGGCCAUUCAAAUGAUGUCUUGGGCGUUGCGUUCUCGCCGGACGGCAGGCUGAUCGCGUCAGUGUCAUAUGAAGCGACAGUCAAGCUUUGGGACCGGGAAACGCAGAACUCUCUGGAGAAGAAGACAGCACUUGGAUCUUAG